GCGCCAGUGUUACAGAUUUAGAAGAAAAAACGCAAAACCGGGACCCCAGUUAAACUUGACUCGGAGAGCUGCGCCCGCCCUGUGGUCUGCGUGUCAAGGGCGGCCUGGCCUGGUUCGCGCCCCCCGCCCGAGCCCAUGCCCUACAAUGGUACCCCCGGGAAUCCUGCCGUAGUGUCCCCGCCCCUGCCACGAUCGUGACUCCCGCAACCACCAGGCUCUGCAGUCGCGACAAACCCGAUCCAGACGACGCGUCUUCCCCUUCCCCGGGACACCCGGGGCGCCAUGAGAACCCCAACUCCCAGGGCCAGGAGAGACCCCGUGGCUGACGUGGGAGCCUGGUGGGAAUCGAGGCCACAGGCUUCUCCCCGGUGGCUGGUCCCCAAGACCCCUCCAUCACAGGGUCAGCGUGGGCACUGAGCCACACAGCCAUGCUAGGCUCCGGGCGGCUGGGAGUGAGUCCCAGCCCGGCACCCACAUAAUCAUGAACAGCCACAGCCUCAACGGCUGCGGGGGGCGACCCCCAGGCAGCGGGCCAGGCACCUCAGGCCGAGAUGCCCCAGACCCCGAGUCCGGCCGCGCCCCACAGACCCCGGCUGGCCCCGGCCUCCAGGUGAUAGUGUCUAAGAGCAGCGGUGGGGGACGGCUCCAGGAACAGGAGGAGGAGGAAGAAGAGGAGGAGGAGGAGGAGGAGGAAGACGAGGAGGAUGAGGAUGAGGACGAGGAGGGUGGGCCUGGGGACUCCACCCCCGGCCACCGUCUGGGCCACCGCCGGCUGCUCUUUGAAAAGCGGAAGCGCCUCAGCGACUACGCGCUCAUCUUCGGCAUGUUCGGCAUCGUGGCCAUGGUGACCGAGGCCGAGCUGUCCUGGGGCGUCUACGCCAAGGGGUCCCUGUGCUCAGUGGCGCUGAAGUCCCUCAUCAGCCUGUCCACACUCAUCCUGCUGGGCCUGGUCAUACUCUACCAUGCCCGGGAGAUCCAGCUCUUCAUGGUGGACAACGGUGCUGCAGACUGGCGGGUGGCCAUGACCCGGGAGCGGGUGCUGCUCAUCUCGCUGGAGCUGGCCGUGUGCGCCAUCCACCCACUGCCCGGCCAGCACCUGGGCUGGGCCGCGCGCCUGGCCGUCAGCUACGCACCCGCGGCAGCCGAGGCAGACGCGGACGUGCUGCUGUCGGUGCCCAUGUUCCUGCGCCUGUACCUGCUGGGCCGCGUGCUGCUGCUACACAGCAAGGCCUUCACCGAUGCGUCCAGCCGCAGCAUCGGCGCACUCAACAAGGUCACCUUCAACACGCGCUUCGUCAUGAAGACGCUCAUGACCGUGUGCCCUGGCACCGUGCUGCUCGUCUGCAGCCUAUCGUCCUGGGUGCUCGCCGCCUGGACCGUGCGCGUGUGCGAGAGGUACCAGGACAAGCCGGAGGUGGCUGGCAGCUUCCUGAGCGCCAUGUGGCUGAUCUCCAUCACCUUCCUGUCCAUCGGCUACGGGGACAUGGUGCCCCACAGUUACUGCGGCAAGGCCGUGUGCCUGCUCACCGGCAUCAUGGGGGCCGGCUGCACGGCACUGGUGGUGGCCGUGGUGGCCCGGAAGCUGGAGCUCACCAAGGCCGAGAAGCACGUGCACAAUUUCAUGAUGGACACUCAACUCAGCAAGCGGGUGAGGAACGCUGCCGCCAACGUGCUCAGGGAGACGUGGCUCAUCUACAAACACACCAGGCUGGUGAGGAGGCCAGACCGCAGCCGGGUUAGGGGGCACCAGCGUAAGUUCCUCCAGGCCAUCCAUCAGAACGGAUCCCAAAUCAGCCCGUGCUCAUAAGUCCCCAAGCGGCCUGAGGCCCCCUAACGGGCAGGGCCCACGGCUCUUUCUGAGGCCCCUUCAGCCCGUGUGAGAAGGUUCCAGAGCCCCCAGGAAGAACCCCGCCCCUGAGCCCAGGGCUGCCUGGCACUGCUGAGGUGAUCCCCAGGGACACAGAGAAGGGUGCCAGGCUGGCUCAGUGCCAGGCAGGACAGCGGGGUGGAGGCAACCACGCGUGGGCUGCUGGGGGGCCCAAGAGCGGUGCCCCCCAGGGAUCCCGCCCAGUGCCAGCCACACUGACUGGACCCUCCUCUCUUGUGCUCCCUCUCUGCAUGCGGCCCUGCCAGAGCUCAGAAACUUCGAAGCGUGAAGAUUGAGCAGGGGAAGCUGAAUGACCAGGCCAAUGCGCUCGCUGACCUGGCCAAGACACAGAAUGUCAUGUAUGACCUCAUGGCGGAGCUGCAGGCCCAGCACGAGGAGCUGGAGGCCCGCCUGGCAGCACUGGAGGCUCGUCUGGACGCACUCGGGACGGCCCUGCAGGCGCUGCCCAGGGGCAUCGCUCAAGCCAUACAUGCACCCCGGCCCGGACCCUACCGCUGGGCAUCCGGAAGCGCCCUCAGCCCAUGGCCUCCUGUGCCCACCUGGGACUGCGGGUGACGAUGCAUCCACCCAUGGACCCCCUGAUCUUGGCCAUUGUGUGGCCCCCCCGACCUCCACGGCUACUGGAUGCCCCUGAACUCUGGUGCUUCUUGGGGUCCAAGAAGCCACAGCUGGGUUGGGCUGAAUGGUCUGGGGCUGGCCCCCCAAGACUGCCGGGGCGAAGGGCAAGGGCAAGCCCGGAGCUUCCUCUGGUCCCCCCCCCCAGCUCUCCCCCAGCCCCUGGUGGGCAGGGGGCAUGCAGGGCUAGAGGGGUCCCAGCUGGUUCUCAAUAAAGCAGGACCCACACAUUGA